GUGUGCUCUCUGACGUGUGCAUUGUUCAUGUUGAAGCGAAAUAAAUGGUUGAUUUUUUUUCUGUUGCUAUAUCCCAAUGUCGUCCAUAUUUUACCAACAAUUGCGCACGCAGUCGGGUAUUAUUGCCACACGUUUUAACCGUUCAACGUUUUGAUGUAGUAGCCGAGUUUGUUGGUGCGGUACUCAUGGCUUUGCGUUGUAUGAGAAUCGUCUCCUUAGUUCUUCUUUCUUUGCACAUCUUUUUUCUGAUUGACAAAUGUUAGAAUUUACUCAUCUUGCCAAUCAGUUUGCCUUGAUAAGAAAGCCUAAGAACUGACGUGCACACAAACAAAUUGUGAAACUUGAAAUCAUAAAAUUUGAAUAAUUUCAUAGACAGGUUUUCAGAAUUGAGCCCAGUAUUGACAAAGUGUUUGAAUUCAAAAACUGGUGAUUAUUUUGUUAAGACAGUGAUUUUGUGCAUUUCAACGGCGGCAAUUGUGAAAUGAGCAGUGUCGGGAUUAACGGCGAAAAUCGAGAAAGAAAUGGGCACGUGCUUGUGUGGGAUCAAACUGGCCUGGAAGAAACAGACAGGCAGGCGCCAAAGCCAAGAGCCAUGGUGGGGUCACGUCACAUAGUGACUUUCAUGCUUUUUCUUGGCAUGGCAAAUGCAUACGUAAUGCGUACAAACAUGUCUGUAGCCAUAGUGGCGAUGGUGAAUCACACUGCUAUUACAGAAAGUCAUGACGAGUACCCUAACGAGUGUGGAGUAGUAACCAAUAUCAAUUCAACUGAAGGUAACAAUAACGAUGGAGAAUUCAUUUGGGACUCUAGGAAGCAGGGAUACCUGCUUAGUUCUUUCUUCUACGGUUACGUUAUAACACAAAUACCAUUCGGAAUCUUAGCCAAACGUUAUGGAUCAAAAUAUUUCCUUGGUGUCGGAAUGUUAAUAAAUUCUUUAUUCGGCUUGCUGGUCCCGAUUUCUGCACAUUGGGGUUACUACUGGUUAAUGUUAGUACGUUUCAUUCAAGGCUUAGGAGAGGGUCCGAUUGUGCCUUGUACGCACGCACUGUUGGCUAAGUGGAUUCCCCCAAACGAGAGAAGCAGAAUGGGUGCAUUUGUCUAUGCUGGAGCGCAAUUUGGGACCGUUAUUUCAAUGCCGUUAAGUGGGCUCCUUUCUGAGUAUGGAUUUUCUGGCGGUUGGCCGUCGAUAUUUUACGUAUUCGGUGCUGUUGGGGCCGUCUGGUGUAUAUCAUUUCUACUGAUAGUUCACGAAGAUCCUGAGAAACAUCCACGCAUUUCAGAUGAUGAGAAAAAAUACAUCUUGAGUGCCCUUUGGGGAGCUGCAGGAGCAACGUCUCCACCAGUUCCAUGGAAGUCUAUCGUUACAUCUCUGCCUUUCUGGGCAAUUUUAAUAGCACACAUGGGUCAGAAUUACGGUUACGAAACGUUGAUGACUGAGCUCCCAACAUUUAUGAAGCAAAUUCUUCAUUUCAAUAUUAAAUCGAAUGGAACAGUGUCUUCUCUGCCGUAUUUAGCAAUGUGGAUUUUUUCCAUGUUAAUAUCUCAUGUUGCUGAUUGGAUAAUAUCAAGGAAAAAACUUAAUCACACUAUAACACGAAAAAUUGUUAAUGGAAUUGGCCAGUAUGGUCCGGCGAUUGCUCUAAUUGCCGCUUCUUACACUGGGUGCAAUCCUUGGCUUACCGUUGCUCUUUUAACGAUCGGCGUCGGCAUGAACGGUGGAAUCUACUCUGGGUUUAAAGUAAAUCAUUUAGAUAUUUCACCACGAUUUGCUGGGGUUCUAAUGUCUUUUACAAAUUGUCUUGCCAAUUUGGCUGGUCUUCUUGCUCCUAUUACAGCUGGUCACAUAAUCGUUGGUCAGCCUACGCAAGCUAAAUGGAGAAUCGUUUUCAUGAUAUCUGCUGCGGUUUACAUUGUGUGUGCCACGUUUUACGUCAUAUUUGGUUCCGGAGAAAGGCAGGCUUGGGACAAUCCUGAAAAAGAUGUUAAAAGAGUGGAACAAAGGAAAUUGGAUACAAUAAAGACAGUGAACGAGACAAAGCAGUGACGAAUUUCCCAUUUUAGGGAAUAUUUUCCCCGUCAAUACAAUAUUGGAGAAAAAGAUUCCGUUUAUUCUUUUAAAUAUAAAACAUAAGUGAACAUUACAGAAAACAGGUAGCAAAAAAACAUUCAAUUAAAAAAUUGGAUUUUAUUGCAGUAUUGUAUUGUAAUGAUUAAUACUAUAAUACUAUAAUUUGAUUACUUUGCUGUAUUAUAGUUCAUUAAAUAUCAUAAGAUUAAAGCACAUUUUGUACAAAACUUCUCAGUGCAUUGAGACGUGCAUCGGAAUUACAUUAUACCUUUUCAUUAUUUAAAUCUAACUUUAAAUGCAACUUGUAACAUAUUGUAACUAUGUCAGUAGUAUAAAGAAACAAAUAAUAUUUACGGUUCUAAGACUUGAUAGACUGUAUUUAUAUUCUUAUAAGCUGUAAUCUGCGUUUCCUGCAUUGAAAGUAACUUAUUAAUUUGUUCCCCGAUAGCAUUUAAGGUCCCAGCAACCUAGGAGCAAUCUUGUAAACUUUGCAAUAAGACACUGCAAAGCUGUGGUAAGUUUACUGGAAGACUGGUAUUAAGUUGCUGGUAGGCUAGACAAUUGUUUUUAAUCUUUUUUUCCAAUACAUUAACAAAUAUCUUGAAUAAUUUAAAUGUACGUAAUCAUACAACGCAUGCGAAUUUAAAGCUUAUGAAUCUGCAGUUUUAAAAUCCACAUUUUUUUGGCUCGUUAUAAAUAAUAGCUAUAAUUUAUAUGUUUUUCCGAUUCGCUUGUAAUUUGAUGAUAUAAAUAAAUGGCAUAUAGAAC